AUGUUCAUUUUCCGCGCAUUAUUAGGUCUCGUAGCCUUGGUUUCAUGCGUUGAUUGCAAGCGCGUGGUUCCCCUAAAAGCGACGGUAGACCCCGAAACCGGUAAAGUGAAACGUCAAAUCACCGAACCCCAUCAGCUUUUCCAAGAACGAGACUUCGUGGCAUCCAAUUUUUACAAGAGAGAGCCUAAAAACAUACCUAUCGAUUUGGACAAGCUUUUUGAAACUGGACAAGAGAAACGAGACAUGUACCAAGCACCAUUUGCCGAGGUUUCUUCCGCUGUUCCUGAAGAAGAAUUGAGCAAGGUCAGCACUGCGGAAACUCUUUGCCUUGACUCCAGGAUUGCGACCAUCAACGAAAUCGGUAUUUUCUCAAGUUAUAUCAGAGGGGAUGCCGAAUUAACAAGGAAGCUAGAGGAUCCUCAAGAAUCACUUAUAAUUUUCGCGCCUUCAAAUGCAGCCCUUGAAAAGCUGUCCAAAAAACCUUGGGAGUUUCCAACGGACAUCGAAGCUUUGGAGUCUAGUGGUGCUGAUCAGCUAACAGUUGAUCGUGCUAUUAGCGACAAUAUCAUGUCUUUCAUUAAGGCUCAUAUUGUUCUUGGAAGCGACUUUGAAGCUGCUUCCCAGCGUCAUUGCAAGGGCUCAUCCGUUGUACUGAAAAGUAUGGCAUACAACGGGGAAGAUGAAGCCGGCGACAUCAAAUUGAAACGUAAGCAAGGAAAAUUUUACGUUCUGUCAGCAAAUCAGAAAGCAAAACAAGAAGUUUUAGAUGUUACUCAGGCUCAAAAUGGGGCAAUUCUUCUCAUCGAUUCUGCUCUUGUGUCUCCUUAA